AUGGUGGUUCACCCUGUCAUUCACGGUAAAUUAGCAGGGCAAAUUAGCCCACCCAAAUUCCCUGAAUCCCUACUCUUGGAUGGCGCAGUCCUGGGUUGGAAGGCUAACAUCCAACACACACCGCUCGCUCCAGCACACCUCAACGGGGGCGUGAAAGAUGCAUCUGGCCGAACCACCGAAUACUUCUCUAUGGACGACCAAUGCCCUGUGUGCAAGUCUGAUCGGUACUUGAAUCCCAAGCUUCGUCUUCUGGUCAGCUCUUGUUACCAUAAAAUGUGCGAGUCGUGCAUCGACCGCUUGUUCACUUUAGGACCCGCCCCAUGUCCUAUCUGCCAGAAGGUCCUACGAAAGCUUGCAUUCACUCCCCAGACUUUUGAGGACCUUACUGUGGAAAAAGAAAUCGCCGUGCGCAGGCGAAUAGCCAAGGAAUUCAACAAACGACGCGAAGACUUCUUCGACCUUCACGCCUACAACGAUUAUCUUGAAGAAGUGGAAGAUAUCACAUUGAAGGAGCAAGAAGAACUAGAACGCCAGGAGAAAGAACAACGUACACUCGAGCUGCGAAGAGAACAGGAGAUAGAGCGCGAGGAACGAGAAACAGCCCAACGCGAGAUUAUCGAUCGCCUUGAGACCAGCACUAAGAGUGCCGUGUGCAUUGUCGUGCUUCCCACAAACGUCAACUUCAAUUUGUCGAGUUCAUCCUUUCAAUGGGAAUCACGAAUUAAACGAGACUGACACAGGAAUGCAUGCAAUUUGAAUGUGCAUACAUAUGUCAAGUGAACGGUGAACAGAACCGACAAAUGCUUUGAUUCAGAGACAAUCCUUUGGCUGGCAUUGGCUUGGUCCGAUUCAAUCAUAUAAUUGCAUGGCUUUCGAAGAACUGGGAACUCGGACGUGUUUUCAUGCAUAGCUUAACAGCACCUGUACGGAAAUAAUUCCUCUAGGCAUUUGUAUCGCAUCGGUCUAAUAAAUCCCCGAGUGGCGGGACAUACGUCCAGACUCCAAAGACAAUCAUGUUAAUUAACUCAGCGAGGACCUACGUAUUGUGCCAUUAAUCACAGCACGCCAAUAGCAUUCCGAUGCCAAAGCAGAAAUGUGACUCACUGCCGCGACGUGUCCUUCAGUCUGCCAGCUCAACGGGAAUUGGG